GGAUGUACCCGGAACUGUUGGCAAGCUUCCGGCAGCCCGGCCGCUGAGAGCUUCCUGGGCUCCGUAAGCGCCCGUUUCUACUGCAGAUUCGGACAGCGAGCGGCGGUGAUGGCCCCGGUGUCCGGUUCGCGCAGCCCGGAGCGGGAGACCUCGGGCUUCGGGAGGACACGUCGCAGUUCGUCGAGGAGCCCCAGGCCCAGUAAAGCCGCCCGCGCCCCGCGGGGCCGCCGCUCGCGCUCGCGCUCGCGCUCGCGUUCUUGCUCUCGGUCGGGAGACCGGAACGGCCUCCGCCAGGGCUCCCGAAACCAGUCCUAUCGCUCCCGCUCACGGUCACGCCCGCGAGAGCGGCCCUCCGCGCCACGGGGCGCCCCCUUCGCUUCUGCCGCCUCGUCCGCCUAUUACGGCGGCUGCUCGCGCCCCUACGGGGGCGACAGGCCGUGGCCCAGUCCUCUGGACAAGGAAAGGGAGGAGAGCCUGCGGCGGAAGAGACUAAGUGAGAGAGAGAGGAUCGGAGAAUUGGGGGCUCCUGAAGUGUGGGGGCUUUCUCCGAAGAAUCCAGGGCCAGACUCCGAUGAGCAUACACCAGUAGAGGACGAAGAGCCAAAGAAAAGUACCACUUCAUCUUCUACCUCAGAAGAAGAAAAGAAGAAGAAAUCUAGUCAUUCAAAAGGAAGGUCCAAGAAAAGGAGAAAGAAAAACUCAUCUAAAAGAAAACACAAGAAGUAUUCUGACGAUAGUGACAGUGACUCUGAUUCUGAAACAGACUCCAGUGAUGAAGAUGCAAAAAGGAGAGCAAAGAAAGCCAAGAAAAAGGAAAAGAAGAAACGCAAAUCGAAGAAAUACAAGAAAAAGAAAUCAAAGAAGAGCAGAAAAGAUUCCAGUGAUUCCAGCUCUAAAGAUUCUCAAGAAGAGUUUCUGGAGUAUCCCUGGAAGGAUCGAUCAAAGCCUGAAGAGCGCUCAGAUUUAAUUGGCCCAGAGCCUCCAAAAACACUUGCCUCUCAAGAUGAUAAACCUCUGAACUAUGGCCAUGCCCUACUACCGGGUGAAGGUGCAGCUAUGGCUGAAUAUGUAAAAGCUGGAAAACGUAUCCCACGAAGAGGUGAAAUUGGCUUGACAAGUGAAGAAAUUGCAUCAUUUGAGUGCUUGGGCUAUGUAAUGAGUGGUAGCAGGCAUCGCCGAAUGGAGGCUGUGCGACUGCGGAAAGAAAACCAGAUCUAUAGUGCUGAUGAGAAGAGAGCCCUGGCAUCCUUUAACCAAGAAGAGAGGCGAAAGAGAGAAAACAAGAUUCUGGCCAGUUUUCGAGAGAUGGUAUACAGAAAAACUAAAGGGAAAGAUGACAAAUAAGGAUUUUCUAAUUGUUCAGCAGAUAUUUUUAACAACAAGAAAGCAAGUAUGGGAUACCUACACACACAAAUAUAUAUACAAAAAGAUUACUAUGAUCUGAAA